CCAUGUGGUGGCCCACUAGAUUAAUGGUUCCGAUCAUCCUUUAUCUGUGCCACGUGUACUGCUGAGAGAUCACCUAGCUCCGUAUAACGGCUAACCUCUCUUUCCUGGCGCCAAAACUUCAAAAAAACGUCUAACCAUACACAUCCGAUCCAUGUCCUCCACAAGCGCCUCUCCUUUCCCCACCCCUUUCCUUCCUCCACAUCCUCCCAUCCCCACCACUCAUCACCAUCUUCUAACCGUUGAUCGGGCCACCUUUCUCAUCGACCGAAUCCGAUCCGUCGAUCAUACACUCCAGGCCCACGCCGCCCUCCUCCGCAACAACUUACACCACCACCCAGUCCUCGCCUUCAAGCUCCAGCGUGCCUACUCCUCCCUCGGCCACCUCGAAUAUGCCCGCUCCCUGUUCGAUCACACACCAGAGCCCACCAUCUUCUCAUGGACUGCCAUCAUCCACGCCCAUUCCACUGCGGGCCUCCACUCCCAUGCACUCCUCCUCUACUUCCAGAUGCUGACUGAUGGCACCGUCCAACCCAACGCUUUCACCUUCUCCUCCGUCUUAAAAUCCUGCUCCCUCACACAAUCCCGUGCCCUCCAUUCGCAAGCCCUGAAAUUCUGCCUUGAUUCCGAUCCAUAUGUCCGGACUGCCCUCUUGGAUAUUUAUGCCCGAAAUGGGGAUGUUGAUUCCGCCCAACAUUUGUUCGACACAAUGCCUGUGAAGAACUUGGUCUCUUCGACUGCUAUGAUGACUUGCCAUGUGAAAUAUGGGCGCAUUGUUCAUGCCCGUCAGCUGUUUGAUACGAUGGGUGUAAGGGAUGUCGUGUGUUGGAAUGUCAUGAUUGAUGGGUAUGCUCAGCACGGAUGGCCCGGUGAGUCGUUGGAUCUUUUCAGGCAAAUGCUGGCAGCUAAAACAAGGCCAAACGAAGUCACCAUGCUGUCAGUGCUCUCUGCUUGUGCCCAGCUUGGCGCUUUGGAAUUGGGGAAAUGGGUGCAUUCCUACAUGGAGAUUAACGGUAUUCAAUUCAAUGUGCAAGUGGGCACGGCGCUGAUUGACAUGUAUUGCAAGUGUGGGAGUUUAGAUGAUGCUUGUUCGGUGUUUGAUAAGAUUGUUAACAAGGACAUUGUCGCUUGGAAUUCAAUGAUUGUUGGAUAUGCGAUGCAUGGGCAUAGCCAAGAGGCUUUAGAACAAUUCUCUCAGUUGUGCUGCCUGGGGCUGCGGCCCACCGAUAUAACCUUCAUUGGUGUGUUGAAUGCUUGUAGUCAUGCAGGUUUAGUGGAAGAGGGGCGUCAGUUCUUCAGAUCGAUGAAGGAUGAGUAUGGGAUUGAACCCAAGAUAGAGCAUUAUGGGUGCAUGGUGGAUCUACUUGGGCGGGCCGGGUUGUUGGAAGAGGCAUAUGAGCUUGUGAAGAGCAUGCCCAUUGAGCCAGACCUGGUGCUGUGGGGGUCACUGUUAGGUGCUUGCAAGCUCCACAAAAACAUGAAUCUAGGGGAGACUAUAGCUGAAUUUCUCCUUGAUAAGGGUCUCGCCAACUCGGGAACUUACAUUCUUCUCUCCAAUAUCUAUGCAAUGGCCGGCAAGUGGGAUGCAGUGGGGCGGGUGCGGACCAUGAUGAAGGACAGUGGGGUCCAGAAGGAGCCAGGGUGUAGCUCCAUUGAAGUGAAUAACAAGAUACAUGAAUUCUUUGCAGGAGAUCUGAGACACCCAAGGAGCAAGGAGAUUUAUUUGAUGUUGGACGAAUUGAUUGGGCUGAUCAAGGCCCACGGGUAUCUCCCACAGACAGAGAUUGUUUUGCAUGACAUUGAAGAGUCGGAGAAAGAGAGAGCGCUCGGAGUUCACAGUGAGAAGCUGGCCAUUGCUUUUGGGCUGAUCAGUACUCAACCAGGGACCGCAAUUAGGAUUGUGAAGAACCUCCGGGUGUGUCCGGAUUGCCACACUGUAACCAAACUGAUUUCGAAGAUAACCGGCCGUAAGAUUGUCGUGAGGGAUCGCAAUCGGUUCCACCAUUUUGUGGACGGAUCGUGUUCUUGUGGGGAUUAUUGGUGAAAUUUGUUUGUUGGAUUGGAGAGUUCCUUGUCUUAAGGGCAAUGACAAGUGAGGAAAUUUUAUGAUCAUUGGCAUAAAAAUAUGGAUAAUACCACGAUGAGUUCAUAACUGAAAUUCAUGUUUUGGCGAUCCAGAACAUCGAUCAUGGAGGUGAAUAACGGUAUGUGGCCUGUACUUAGGAGUCUCAGUAUAGGAAAUACAAUGAUGGUCAACAUUCAAUUAUAAGACGUGCAUGAUUAGAUGUCUAUGAUCUUCUACUCUGGGAGAUUUCUGGGCACGGUCCAUCAAGAGCAUAACCCGAAAAGUUAGAAUGAUCAGAUGAACAUGACCAACCAUCCUGUCAGUGGCCUUCUUUGGUUAAAUUUGGACUGUUAACCUUUCUCUUU